AUGGCGUGGGAGCACCUGGACAUCGACAAGCCCCAUGUGGCGUACAUUAUCCUAGGUGGAUUUACCGGCCUUUUCAUGUUGUGUUCGCUCUUCGUGAAGGAAAAGCUGUACAUUGGUGAAGCUACCGUCGCUACGCUUUGCGGUAUCAUCUUCGGUCCGCAUGCUGCCAAUUUGUUUAAUCCCAGCGAGUGGGGCAAUGUUGACAAAAUUACGCUUGAGUGUUCGCGCAUUGUUUUGGUAGUGCAAUGUUUUGCCGUCGGUGUCGAGUUGCCCAAGGCUUACAUGGAGCGUCAUUGGAAGUCUGUCGUCUUGCUGCUACUCCCUGUCAUGACCUGGGGCUGGCUUAUCACCAGCCUCUUCGUGUGGUGGAUGAUUCCACCACUUACUUGGCUGGAUAGUCUGGUCUGCGCUGCCUGCGUCACUGCUACUGAUCCUGUCCUGGCUUCUUCUGUCGUAGGUAAGGGUAAGUUCGCCAAGCGGGUUCCUAAGCAUUUGCGUGAUCUCUUGUCCGCUGAGUCCGGGUGUAACGACGGAAUGGCCUUUCCAUUUAUCUACCUCUCUUACUACAUCUUGCACUACCGACCUAAUGCAGGCGAAGUGUCGUUGAACUGGUUCUGUGUUACUAUUCUGUACGAGUGUAUCUUUGGUGCCAUAUUCGGCUUCAUCAUUGGCUACUUGGCGCGACAUGCGAUCAGACUGGCGGAGCGUAAGGGACUGAUUGACCGAGAGAGUUUCCUCGUAUUCUACUUUGUGUUGGCAGUCUUCUGCGCUGGAUCUGGAAGUCUCUUGGGAAUGGACGAUCUGUUGAUUGGCUUCUCGUGCGGUGUCGGGUUCAGUAACGAUGGCUGGUUUACGGAGAAAACUGAGGAGUCACACGUGUCCAACGUUAUCGAUUUGUUGCUCAAUCUGGCAUACUUUGUCUACUUUGGCGCUAUCAUUCCGUGGCAGGACUACAACGCCCCCGAACUGGGACUUGUUCCGUGGAGGUUGGUGGUGAUUGCCUUACUGGUGAUCUUUUUCCGUCGCAUUCCCAUCAUGCUCAUAUUGAAACCGAUCAUUCCAGAUGUCAAAACGUGGCGAGAAGCCCUUUUUGCCGGCCAUUUCGGUCCAAUUGGUGUCGGUGCUAUCUUCGCUGCAAUUCUUGCCCGCGCUGAAUUGGAAAAUGGCAACACGCAGCCGUCAUCUCAAUCCGAUCUGCCUGUUGAAGGGGACCCGAAUUACUAUCUCAUCCACCUUAUCUGGCCUAUCACAAGUUUCAUGGUCAUAUCAUCCAUCUUGGUCCACGGAUCAUCCAUUGCCGUUUUUACACUUGGAAAGCGCAUCAAUACUAUGACAAUCACACUUUCUUACACUACUGCCAACGAGGACGGCCCUUCAUGGAUGAACCGCUUGCCGCGUGUUCAAUCACUAGCCAAGGGCUCCAUGUCUUUCCGGAAAGCUGACGAAUUGGAGGGUUCUUCCAGUGAGCAACUGCCUGAAUACCCUCCCGGUACCCUUCCACCGAUUGGAUUGCCAGGUAACUUCCUCCGUCGUGUGCGCGAAGACGAUGAAAGCGAGGCACAAAGUACUCAAUCAUCCAAUCGCGCCCCUGUGAAGCGAAGAAGACGCCGUCAGCGCGACAGCGCUGGCGGACCAAUCAGCCAGUCGGCCAUCAUGCCUCAGAGACGAGUUGAAAAUGAAGAAGAAGAUAAGGAUGAAGAUGCGAUCGAAGAAGAGCCAGAUGUGGAAGUUUUCCAAGAAGGACACCACCUGAUCAUAGAGGAUCAAGAAGGCAAUGUACUCCAAGCCGCAGAUACCAGCAACAUGAGCCCGGAAGAGAUGGCACAUCACGUAUCUACGCAGCGAAAACGACUGAAGGAGGACCGGACAGGCAAGCUUGCACCAUCUCCCAACCGUCCCCAUGAAAAGGACGAAGGUGAAGAGGUCAAACAGGCUGUGGAUGAAAAGGCUGGACACCCCUACGAAAAGACUCGCAAACGGUGGGUAAACUGGAAAGGCUUUGGCAAAGAGCAACAAGAGGAGCCAAAGCUUGAGCCUGCUGAAAAGCCUGCUAAACAUCGCUCUGCACAUGCCUAUCAGUUCGGCAACACUAUCAUCGUUGAGGACGAGGACGGUGAAGUCAUCAAGAAGUACACCAUCCCAGAUGGUGACAAGCCACCAAAGGCGCCCAAGCCCAAGCCGCAAGAAGAGGCUGGGCCAGCUUCUCAGGAUCCUAUUCGACGUGGUCUCACUCGCAUGGGUACUUGGCUGGGUAUUGAAGAGGAAGGAGAGUCAUCUCAGGGUGCACAGAAGAAGAAUAAACCUCCACCGCGAACCGAAACAGACGACUGGGCUACCGACGAUGGCCUGCGGUUUACUCUGGCCCAGAGUCGGGAGGUAGACAACCAAGGUAUUACCCACAAGGGCCAGCGCAUGAACAAGCACGAAUUCUUCCAGCGAAUCAAAGGUAUGGACGCCAAGGGUCGUCGCGAGGCUGUACAGGCAUCGGAUGCUCCCCCAUCCGUGCAGAAAGCAGCCCAAGAGGAAGUCAAGCAAGAAGAUAGGCAAGAACGCCGUCUAUCUGCCGCGGCCGCUACGGCCGUAACUCCUUCAACGGGUGUUAUCCCAGAGGAGCAUGGCAAUGAUGUCGAUUCUUUAACGGAAAGUCUGCUCAGCGAAGACGAGUCUGAUACGGACGACGGCCAAGGCCCCACACCCAAUGUGGCAGACCACUUUGCCAGGUACAGACGUGGUACAUCCGCUCAAGACCGCCGCAAUCACCUGAGCCCAGCUCCUCAAGCCCGCAUGCGUUCCCGUCGUGACUCCGACGACGACGGCACCAUGCGAAUUCCCCCUCUCGCCGAAGAUGACACCGGCGAAACACCAGCCGAGCGACGUCGUCGUCUCGCAGCUCUCGGACAAAACUCAGAUUCAGAGGAAGCCAUGGCCGAAGAGACCGACAGCGAAGACGACGAAGAACCCAGCCAAAUGUCAAGCCGCGUCCAAUUCGCAGAUGCAGUCAGACCAUCCGAACAAUCUUCCCCACAAAGCGGCGAACAGUCUUCCUCAUCUGGCUCCACCUCAGCCUUCUCCCGUCACCGUCCCCGCGUUUCAUGGGGAGGUGAAAAGGGUCGAGACCCUUAA